AUGAAGUACAAAGACAGUGAUGUUCGCACAUGUGCGCGAGGGUCGCGUGAACAGAACAUCGGUGGUUCGAGUGUUGCGGGUCUGAUUCCCGGCGGAAGGGUCCCGGAGGAACGAUCCAGGCGGGGUGGUGCGGCAGUGUGUCGGUCAGUCACCGCUCUGCCGGCGCGCCGUGCGCUCGCUGCUGUGUCGUCUUGCGCCAUUCCACGCCGCGUUGCUAUUGUUCCGAGUAGCCGACACCUCCUAUGUUUAUCUGCUACCCUGGUACGCAUGGCACGUCUCGUAUGA